AUGUGUCGUUUCCUAAUCUUCAAAGGUAAGGAACCAUUGCGUUUAUCGCAUUUGCUGACGAGACCAGCGCACUCCAUCAUAAAACAAUCGUUCGAUAGUCGACUUCGGCUGGACAGAAGGAGACCUAUCAACGGAGAUGGCUUCGGAGUAGCGUACUACCCGCUAGACGAAGAGCUUGAAGAAGAUGGACCCUGUUUGUUCAAGGCCAUCACACCGGCAUGGAACAACCAAAACCUAGACGUUUUGGCAGAAAAGACCAAAUCUGCACUGAUCUUCGCGCAUGUACGGGCAUCCACGUAUGGGGUGUUGUCGGAGACCAAUUGUCAUCCGUUCACCUACCACAGCAUUACCUUCAUGCACAACGGGGGUAUCUCCAAUUUCCGCAAGAUCAAAAGACGGUUUCUGGCUCAUUUGGAGGAUGAGUAUUUCAACUUGAUCCAAGGCAGCACCGACUCCGAGUGUGCAUUUGCGCUGUUUCUCGACACGCUGGACAAGAUGGGGUGUGACACAGCCAACAAGCGUGGCGAUUUCGGGCAUGCCACCCUGCGCAAGUGUAUGCUGCAAACUAUUCAAUAUAUCAAGGAAUGGACGCUCGAGGCCAACGCAGGCGACACACACGCGGAGCCGUCGAUCCUGAAUUUUGCCGUCACAGACGGCUCCAGUGUUGUGGUUUCGCGCUACGUGACUUCCAAGACGGACGAGGCGGCCUCAUUGCACUUCUCCUGUGGCUCCAGUUUCGUGGAGUACGCGCCAGGCGAAUACCGCAUGGAGCGUCUGGAUAGAAAUCAAGACGUCAUCAUGGUGGCUUCUGAGCCACUAACGUUUGAGAGAGGUGAUUGGACCACCGUGCCGACCAACAGUAUUCUCACCAUCAAGAAUCAGACGGUUCUACUGCAUCCUAUCAUCGACGAAUAUUUCCAGGAGGAUCCGCUAUACCUGCGCAGCUCCUCUUUGGCGGAAAGCAAAGGUCUCAUGGGCUCAGUGCCGGUGUCAAAGCCAGUAGAGAAGAACGUCCCGCCGCUGGAGAGAGAAGGUCGUUCCAGACCUCAUACGUCUGCAGCCAUAGCGUUGGCCUAG